UCAGCUGACAACAAUGCACACAGGAUGCCAAUGGACCAACACACCCAUUCUCUCACCCCGCCGGCGUAUUUGUGAAGGUUCCAUAAGCGGCCUUCCCAUUUGCAGCAGCCGAGGGGCUGUCAGGGUUGAGGAACGGCGACUCCUCGCGGGACGGCGGGCCCAGGAGAGUGUCGAAUGACACCGAUCGUGUGUUGGAUUUCUGCGUGACGGGGAUGGGCGAUGAGCGCUCGACGGAUGUGCGGACGGCUGUGACGAAGAGGGCUAGGGACACCAGAAGCAGCACACAGAGGGCCUUGAUCUGCACACACACACACAAAGAGUGGUGGGGGGACUGGCACCACUGGUGUGGUGUGGUGUGGUGUGGUGUGGCCCGCUGACCGGCGUGACUGUGUCAGGUGAGAAGGGCCACUCCUUUGACCCAAACAUGUGCUCCAGCACCUGCACACAACACACCAGGCGUCAUAUGCCCGCACCAUCCACACACACGGAGACGGUACGUUACGUACCUUCUGGCCAUCCAUGGUGUGCCCCUCGAUGGCCUCCGGGCAGAGCCCCUCGCCGAGCGUCUCGAUCUCGUAGCACCGGCCGGGGAUGAACGUCAGCAUCAGAGCCUCCAAACCCCACUUGUGAGGCGACACCAAACCUAUCACCUGCACAGAUGCACAGACACACACGUACGUCCAUGGUGAUAGAAACCGAGGGGGAGGGAGGGAGGGAGGGAGGGUGGCUGACGGACUUUGAAUGCGAGGGGCAUUGCGGAUGAGCGGAUGAACCCGCCGCUCCACAGCAUCAGCACUGCCUGCUCGUACACACCCAGGGCCCAUCCCAGCUGACGCAACACACACGGACACAGAAUGGAUGGAUGGAUGUGUGUGUGUGUGUGUGUGUGUGGUCGUACGGUGACGUCUUUUGCGAUGAAUGCGAUGCAGAUGGUGAGGGCCUCGGCCACGAAGGCCACACACCAUGUCACCAAGACGAAAUAACCAAACCUGACAAACAAGUCACACCCACACACGCGUUGCUCGCUGGUGCCAUCAUCGUCACUCACUCACCCACCUGUCGGCGUCGAAGCCGUCCUUGUCCAUCUGGAGGGCAAAGUACACCUGCCCACAUCCAUCCAUCAAUCCAUCCAUGCCGAGACACACAAAUCCAGCACGACACAAAGAACGAGGCCUGUCGAUUUCAUCCACUUACCAGGCAUGCAUUGGGGAGGGUGAAGAGCAUCAGAGACGGCAGCCGCAGCUAACCCAGCCAGCGACAUACACACAGAGUAGGAUGUGCACAAGAACACACAGAUGGAUGGAUGGAUGGAUGUCUCAGUCAGUCACCGCCAGUGUGGCGACAAUAUACGUUGUCGGCCGAUAGAGACGGGCGCGCUGCUCAGCCUGCAUCGCAUCGAGACAUCCACACAUACAUGCAUCACUCCAGAUUUCUGUUCCUGUGACCCCUUCCUUCCACGGCAUACCACGAAGAUGCGUCUCUCCUGCUCUAUCUGUGGCAACGACAUCAGCGCGGCAAAGCCCGUCGCGACCAACGUGAACAGCAUCGCACCCUGACAACCACAUACCCACCACACACAGCCGUGUGGCCAUCACAAGGUGGGUGCGUCUGUAUGGCCAUCAUUGGGUGUAGAUUAAUUACCUUGAGGUCGCCCACGGCCUGCAGCUCUUUCCGUGCGCCGAUGCGCCACCACUCAAAGGCCAGCAUCAGUUUGACCAGCAUCUCCAGGAAGAACCGCACGAAAAAGGCCACCGGGUCGCGACGGAAGAUGAUCCUGACAGGACACCAGCCAUCACCCCACACCACACCACAGCACACCCACCACAUAAUACAUACCCACUGAUGCAUCCCUUUGGUCUGCAUGCUCACGCGAAUCGCCUCAUUUGCACGGCCACCUGCCGGCCGUAUCCAGUGGGGUAGGCCCCCCUCUUCACCUCGCCCUCGCCCGAAUCCGAGUCGCCUUCAUUCCCGAGGAAAAACGACCGCAUGGAGCCGCCGAACGGGGAACCAUCGGCAGCCAGUGGAUGGCGCGGCGAGACUGCAGUGAAGGAGAGGGACGACUCACUCCUUCCCUGACAGAGAGAGACAAAGGACACGCCACACCACCCAGGUUCUCCCUCCACUCCUCUGUGUGUGGGUGGGGUGCAUGGGAUGGGGGCGUACGGUCAUGAUGAUGCCGAUGCCGCUCUCUUCGUCAGGCGGUGUCACAGGCGAGUGCAGCGCUUGCAGGGAUGGCAGUGACCUGUUCCUCUCGCGGCGCCUCCAGGUGCGGAGCAGCCUGUUGGCGCGCAGCAGCAGCUGGUCCUUGGAGUCAGUGCGGAUGGGGCAGGGGGGCACGGACAGAGAGGCAGGUGAUGCAGACGGCUGGGAGGGUGGUUUCACGGGCGACUGCAGCGGACGGCUGGGGAAAUCCUGAAAGAAACACAGGACGGGAGAAGGUUUUGUUGCCCACCUCUCUGUGUGUGUAUGGUACAUCCAUCCUACCUACCCUGUGUAUGACGCUGAGGACAAAGUCAGACACGGGGACGUCCUGUGGCGGCUCGUAGCCCAGCUCACGGAAAAACACAGACAGACCCCUCGUGCCACCGAAGUACACUGUGCGACCGCCGGCAAGCAGCAGCACCUGACCACACACAACAGACACGCGGCAAAGAGAGAGAGAUGUAUGGUAUGUGUUUGUCAUGUCAUGUGUGUAUGGGUGGGGGAAAGGCCACUUUGUGCGUUGCGUGCCUUGCCUUGUCGAAUGAGUGGAGGAGCUCGCUGCUGGGCUGGUGUAUGGUGCAGAAGACCACCAGGUUCCGCCGCCUCGCCAGGUGGAUCACCGAGUGCACCACCUGCAGAGCCGUGAAGCUGUCCAGACCAGAUGUGGGCUCAUCCUGACACACACACACACACACACAAAACACACAACACCCAUGCAUCCGUGGGGGGCGUGUCCAUGCUCACUCCCUCUGUCUGUUUAUGCGUGUGAGUGUCUGAGUGCAUCCAUUUAUCGCACCAGGAAGAGUAUCUGCCUGUGUGUGACCAUUUCCUUGGCGAUGGACACGCGCCGCUUCUCGCCGCCGGAUAUGCCUCGCGAGAAGUAGUCGCCGAUGCGCCGAGAACUGACGUGAGUGAGCCCGAGGUCGCCCUUGACCUUCUCCACCUCCAGCCGACGCUCAUACGCAGGGAUCGACGCAUCCAGCCUUCACGAAACAUACACACACAGGCGUCGGUCUGUCUGCCUGUCUGUGUGCCAACGAACGACCAGGUUCUAUUCUUUACCUGAGGUCAGCGGCGAAGGAGAGCUCCUCGUGCACAGUGAGGCAGCCCACCAGGUGGUCCUCUUGCUCCACAUAGGCCGACAGGGACCUCAUGCGUGUUGGGGAGAACAUCUCGUUGCCCACGAAGAUCUGGCCCUUGAAACGACCCUCUUGCACACGACCGGCCAGCAGGGAGAGAAAAGUCCUGACACACACACACACACAUACACACACACACACACACAACGCACACAGAUAGAGAUGCACAACCCAGUGAUGCCUGUCCGUUGGCCGUGUUGGUGCCCUGUGCGUGGCGGUGCUGACGUUUUGCCUGCUCCGCUUGGCCCCAAGCUGCGGGCAGACCAGACACAUACAUACCCCCACACACACAUACAGAUGGAUUUCCACAGGUGCAGAUGUCCUUUGAACGAACAAAGGAACUGAUUCAUGGGUGUACAUUGCGAGUGUUUCUCCCGGCAGCAGCUCCCCCUGCAGCCCCUCAAGGAUCACCAGACCCGGGUCAGAUGCGCGGCGAGAUCUGCAUCAGCACAGGGACCAAACACUCACACACACACGGAGAUCUGGCAAGAUUCCUGUGCAGAAUGGUGUUGUGCAGUGUGCCUGACCCGUCCACUCACCCGACGAGGCUGUAUCUCUGUAUGUCCCAUCGGACGGAGUGCCCCGCCGCCCGUGAGGGCCAUUCAAAGGCCCAGCCAUCGGUCGCGGCGGGCGUGCGAGCGUCGCCCAUCACCAU